UACUAAUUUUGAAUGGUAUUGCGAACAUGAUAGCUGAUAAAAGAAAACUGAGCAGGAGGGCAAAGCCGUGCUGUGUUGUAAAGAAGACAGGCAACAACCAACAAAACUAGAAAAAGAGGAGGAAGCAAACCCGCUUCCACUACCACCACUACUCUUUCCAUCAGCUCAGCAAAAGCAAAUAGAAGAAGGCGGGCGGCAGGACAAGCGCAGCGCACCCACCCGAGUCCCCAACCCAAUAAUCUUCUUCUUCCUCCCACCACCACCACCAUCCUCUUCCCCUUUCCUUUCCCCCCACGCCCACAACUCCUUCCUCAAUUCCCCUUUCUCCGUUUUGUUCGGAAAUAGGGACAAGGUCGUCAGGGGCUAUGAUCUCCUCCUCUUCUUCGCCGCCGUCGUCCUCUUCCAGUAGCAAUAAGCCGCCGCCGCCUCCUCCGCAGCAGGCCAGCAAGUGGCGCAGCGGCACGCAGCACAAGAUCUACGGGCGGCGCCUGCUGGACGCGCUCCGCGCCACGGGUGGCGGGCAGCCGCGCGCCGUCAAGGCCGCGGCCGACUCGGCGCUGGCGCUCACGGCGCGCGGGCAGACGCGGUGGAGCCGCGCCAUCCUGCUUGCCGGCGCCGCCUGCAGCCGGCGCCGCGUGCUGGUCAAGGCGGGCGGCAAGAUCCGGCGGCGCCACCGCCGACCGAACAAGAGCAGCAAAGCGGCCUCUUUUUCCCAGGAGGAGGAGGGCAGGGGCAAGGUGCAGGAGCGGCUCCGCGUGCUGGGCCGCCUCGUCCCGGGCUGCCGGAAGCUCCCCGCGCCGGACCUGCUGGAGGAGGCGGUCGACUACGUGGCGGCGCUGCAGAUGCAGGUCAGCACCAUGCGCGCGCUCGCCGACGCGCUGGCGGCGGCGCAGCUGUCCGACGACGCAGGGGCGGCGGAGAGGUGAUUGGUUGGGCUUGGCUUGGCUUGGCCCCAUGACAUGAUUGAUUAGAUUGAUCACCAACCAUACCAUACCAUCCUGCAAUGCAACCAGCUGAUGUGAUUGCAUUAUUAUACUCUAUUUACUGGAAUCGUGAGUAAUCAUUGACGAUUAAAUCGAUGGUGGGAUGGUCAUGAUCCAAUCAAUGAUCCAUGCAUGAUACUGAAUUGAUGCAGCUGCAGCUGCUGCUCAUGAUUUGUAAUCCUGAAUUGAAUUGAUGCAGCAGCAGCUGCUGCUGCUCAUGAUUUGUAAAUUCGUGUCCUUUCUUUGCUUGUUGAUUACUGAUGGAUGGAUGGAUGAUCCAUCCAGAUCCAUCUUGUAAGUGAAUGCUGCUCUUCUCCUCUGCUUUUGCUGUGCUGUGGAUUGCCUUACCUAUUUACCAUCUGCUAUUGUGCUA